AUGUGUGGAAAUUACCCCCACAUACAUUCCCGAAAAUUAGGACCGGGCACCUACGUGAUCGAUGAGGGAAGCUUCAGCUCCACUGCCUUAAAGAAGAGAGCAUCAAGCUCUAGCUGGGCCAAGGCUCAGGAAGCAGCUAGACUCACCGAAAUGCCACAUUUUCAAUUUAAAGAAAUAUGCCAGCAGGAGAAAGCUCGGAAAAGAAAACUGGGACCUGGGACUUACAAUCACACAGAUUUUCUGCAGCUCAUGGAAAGUAAGCCACGCAGUAUUAGAGGAAUUUGUGAUACUGGAGCAGUAAGAUUUAAAGACUACAUGAGGGAAUGUUAUCCUGGCCCUGGCACCUAUGGAGGAAGCGGUUUGGGACCUGGUACUUACAAUAUCAAAAAUAGUAUGGAUGAGAUGUUGAAACGUGUGGUCAGUAUUCGAGGCCCCUAUGAAACCUUCACUGGCAACAGAUCAAAGCCUAUGGUUUCUGGACAUUUUGCUGGUGAUAGAAAAACGUCUGAGCUGUCUGGUUGCAAUAUCAAAUCCUUCCUGGAUGAACUGGAGACAAGGGAGAAAAAGAAACAUGGUGUUUUUAGUAAAUUUUCACGGGAUCCUGAAUACCCAACUGAACGGAUCUUCUGGUCCAAAAUUGGCAUGUUUCAACAUGAACAAUUCCAAACAGGACCAGGCUCCUAUGACAUAAAGCCCAUUAAGAGAAUAGAAUAUAAAAACCAACCACCAUUCUGGAUUGGUGCAAAAAGAUUUGACCGAAGAGCAUAUCGUCUCUGUUUUGGAAUUACG